AAUGUCCAAUCAGAAUUCAUUUCGCUCGGGCGAAUUUUGCACUUUAGAAAUACUAAAUUUUUGGAAUUCAUUGAAAAAAAUUAAAAGUUCUUUAUAAAACAAAGAGAGUAGAGUGUGUGCUGUUGGCUUGGCUUGUGUGCGUGUGUGCGAGAGAGAUAGGGAUUAUCAGUAGCAGCAACAACAACAACACAACGACGCAGCCAAAGGACGACGACCACAACGACGACGAAGACGAGGAAGACGACUCAAAACAGAAAAUGAACACAAACGGUGCGGGUGCGGCAGGAUCUGGUACUGGAGAAACAACAGGCAAUGGCAAUGGAAAUGGUAGCGGCGCACAACAAUCACAGGCAACUGCCAGUAAGAUAGGCGUUAUAGCAGGUGGUGGUGGUGCUGGCGGUGGUGGUGGAUUAGAUGACGGGGGCGGCGAUGCCAGUUCCCGGCGACAGGCCACACGGGUCUUCAAGAAGAGCUCAUCGAAUGGCAAAAUCACCGUAUAUUUGGGUAAACGUGAUUUUGUUGAUCAUGUCACCCAUGUGGAUCCCAUUGAUGGUGUUGUAUUCAUCGAUCCCGAGUAUGUGAAGGAGCGCAAAGUGUUUGGCCAAGUGUUGGCUGCCUUUCGUUAUGGUCGCGAGGAUUUGGAUGUAUUGGGUUUAACAUUUCGCAAGGACUUAUAUUUGGCCCACGAACAAAUCUAUCCACCCAUGCAGCUGGAUCGACCAAUGACACGAUUGCAGGAGCGUCUGAUCAAGAAACUGGGACCAAAUGCUCAUCCAUUUUAUUUCGAAGUUCCACCCUAUUGUCCAGCAUCGGUGUCAUUGCAACCGGCACCAGGAGAUGUGGGUAAAUCCUGUGGCGUUGACUAUGAGCUGAAAGCAUUUGUGGGUGAGCAUGUCGAGGACAAACCACACAAACGCAACUCGGUGAGAUUAACCAUAAGGAAGGUUAUGUAUGCACCAUCCAAGGCCGGUGAACAGCCCUCGAUAGAGGUCAGCAAGGAGUUUAUGAUGAAACCAAAUAAAAUACAUUUGGAAGCUAGCCUGGAUAAGGAGCUAUAUCAUCAUGGCGAGAAGAUAUCGGUGAAUGUUCAUGUGGCCAAUAAUUCCAAUCGCACGGUUAAGAAAAUUAAGGUCUGUGUGCGACAAUUUGCCGACAUUUGCCUCUUCUCGACGGCCCAAUACAAGUCUGUGGUGGCUGAGAUUGAAUCCGAGGAUGGUUGCACGGUGGCACCGGGUUUUACGCUAUCCAAAGUCUUUGAGCUAUGCCCCCUGCUGGCCAACAAUAAGGAUAAAUGGGGAUUGGCUCUGGAUGGUCAGCUAAAGCAUGAGGAUACAAAUCUGGCGUCCAGUACACUGAUCACCAAUCCAGCUCAGCGUGAAAGUCUAGGCAUAAUGGUGCACUAUAAAGUCAAGGUUAAGUUAUUGAUCAGUUCACCGCUGCUGGGUGGCGAUUUGGUGGCCGAAUUGCCAUUUACGCUAAUGCAUCCAAAGCCCGAAGAGGAGGAGCAUCCCUUGCUGGGUGAAAGAUCGCCAAGGGCAAGUUUGGCAGCGCCUUUGCUCAAUUUGGGCGAUGGCAAUGAAACGGGCGGCGGUGCAGCAGGCGGAGGAGCAGCCCAACAGGCGCCCACAGAUGUGCCUACAACCACCAAUCUCAUACAGCUGGACGAUGAUGAGGCGCAAGACGAUGAUAUUAUUUUCGAGGAUUUUGCUCGAUUGCGUCUCAAGGGUGCCGAAACGGAGGCCUAAACGCCCCCCCCCCCCCUAAAACAACUCCAUCUUUAUCCACACUUUGUUUUCGCGGCGACGAAAAUACCAUCAAUAGGAUGCACAACCAACAUUUUGAUGUCCAAUUUAAAGAAACAAAUAAAAACAAAAAAUCCAACAGAAAGAUAUAUCCGAAUUGUAAACCAUAUCGAUUUGUAAUGUCGGCAAAUAACUUUUGCAAGAAAAAUUUCUUUUUUUAUAUACCUAUUUUCGAUAAUUUGACCAACAUUUAAACAAUUCCAAGUUUUUGCGCAGUCCUACAAAUCGAUAGGGGAAACAGCUCGGAAUAUAUAUAUAUAUAGAUACGUAUA